GUAUUUAUCCUGGGCAUGCUUUGUUUAUCAGGGAUCAUGCCUAAGGUUAAGCAGCCGAGAGGCUCUGGCGGAGCGGGAACGGCAGCCACGAAUGUGUCGCUGGCGGAGCAGAUUAUUCAGGGCGAUGCGGUGAAGCCCAUCACGCGAGUGAAGCGGCGGGGCAAAGCGGGGAAGCAUGGCGGCGCGGUGGAGGAAGAGGAAGAGUAUGUGGAUGAGAAGCUUUCCCGGAGGAUCUUGGAACAGGCUCGGAUCCAGCAGGAGGAGCUGGAGGCCGAGCACGGCGCUGGCCAAGCAGCUGAGCCAAAGAAGAGAACAACUGUACUGGGUCCUAUCUCAAAGGAUGGAGAUUCAGAUUCAGAAGAUGACGAGUGGCCCUCACUGGCGAAAGCUGCAGCCACGGAGAAGGGAGAAUAUUGUGAGGAGGUGACUGUGAAUCCAGAUGAUGAAAAGGCUUUUGAGAUGUUCAUGAACAAGAACCCACCUCUACGGCACACUUUGGCAGACAUUAUCAUGGAGAAGAUCACAGAAAAACAAACGGAAGUGGAGACUGUGAUGUCAGAAAUAUCUGGUCGACCCAUGCCACAGCUUGAUGCCCGGGUCCUAGAGGUCUACAAAGGUGUCAGAGAAGUGCUGUCUAAAUACAGGAGCGGAAAACUGCCCAAAGCCUUUAAGAUCAUCCCAGCAUUGUUCAAUUGGGAGCAAAUCCUUUAUAUCACUGAGCCGGAAACAUGGACAGCAGCUGCCAUGUACCAAGCAACCAGGAUCUUUUCGUCUAACCUCAAGCAGAGGAUGGCCCAGAGAUUCUAUAACCUAGUGCUUCUCCCGCGAGUUAGAGAUGAUAUUGCAGAGUAUAAACUCCUCAACUUCCAUCUUUACAUGGCAUUGAAGAAGGCCUUGUUCAAGCCUGGAGCCUGGUUCAAAGGGAUCCUCCUCCCCUUGUGUGAGUCCGGAACAUGCACACUUCGGGAGGCCACUAUUGUGGGCAGCAUCCUCACCAAGUGUUCAAUCCCCGUCCUUCAUUCUGGAGCUGCCAUGCUAAAGAUUGCUGAGAUGGAGUACAGUGGUGCUAACAGCAUCUUCCUCCGCCUACUCAUUGACAAAAAGUAUGCCUUGCCUUUCCGUGUUGUAGAUGCCCUGGUCUCUCAUUUCCUGGCCUUUCGCACAGAUCGGCGUGUCCUCCCUGUCCUGUGGCAUCAGUGUCUCUUGACCUUUGUUCAACGCUACAAAGAGGACCUGUCAUCUGAGCAGAAGGAAGCCCUCUUAGAGCUGCUCAAGUUCCACAGCCAUUCCCAGAUCUCUCCAGAGAUCCGCAGGGAGCUGGUGAACUCUAAGUGUCGGGAUGUGGAGGGGAUGCAGCCAGUAGAGAUGGAGUGAAUGGAAGAUGGGAGGAAGGACUCUGUAUCUUGAGCAUUUUAGUUGCUAUGAUUUUGCUCAUGGUAGGAUUCUUUAUGUUGAAGAAGGCAGCUGGUUUGCUCUUGAGGCUACAGCACAGUGUAAAACAUGUGGUUUUGCAUCCUCUCCAUUGCGAGUCUGGCAAAUCUUCCAUAUGCACAGAUGAAAGCACGUCUAAUCCUUUCCUUUCAGCUUGACAUACAUUCAUGGUGAUAAAAGCCCCAGGAAGAAUAAAACAUUCAACAGUGGAGCUAUAAAAUUCAGAAUCCUUUGCUGUCAUCAAGGGCUGCAAUCUUUACUCGCUCCUUCAAGAUACUAGAGCAGGGCUUCCCAAUCUGUGGUACUCCAGAUGCUGCUGAACUGCAACUCCCAUCAUCCCCAGUGGCAAUUUAUUGUGGCUGCAGGUGAUGGAAGUUGUCAUUCAGCCACAUCUGGAGUACCACAGAUUGGGAAGCCCUGUACUAAAGGAUAAAUAUUUAUUAAAACUGUGAGGUGAUGAACUGUUGAGCAGAUGUUUAGUGGGGAAGAAAGUGCAGCAAUUAUGUCUGCAGAAAACUAUCUGAUUGUACAAUCUGCCCUCUUUAUGUUGUUCUUGGUAACCAACACUCAGAAAUUAUAAGUGGCCAACAAAUUUCUAAGGCUACCACUCUAGGAAAAAAGGCACACAAGAGCUUGAUAAAGGCCACAACUGCUAGCUGAAGACCCCAAAGGAGGUGGCGUCAUAAUGUGCACAUAGUACUGAGAAUAACUUUCAGGUAAAUAGUGGUCUGUUCAUAGAGAGCUGACCUAAGCACUGAAGUGGCAAAUCUUCUGUGCAUAAUGGGCCAUGUGUCUUUGACCUGCAAAAUAACUUUAAUGAAUCUGCAAAAAAGCAGAAAAGAACUAUUUUAAAAUCAAAUGUAUGCUCUAUCAGGAUAACUCUUUAAUUGCAUCUACAGGUGAAGAAAGCUUUCAUUGCCACGUUAUUGUCUGCCAUGCAGCUGUUAAAGGCAAAAUAACUGCUAGGCGGGUGGGGGUGGGGGAUGGCAAAUGUAGUCCUUUGUGGUUCACAGUUCAAUCCUCCUGCUUCUGUACAAUUGUUCCCAAGUGUGUUAGAAGUCCCAAUUCUCCUCCUCCUCCUGGUCUGUGACAAAACUAUUAGAGCAAAUAAUUACCAGGGCUGUCACUAAUGUUUUCUGUAAUGUUACAUUUACAUAUGAAUCAGAAUAGUAGUUCUGAACGAAAAGGCAUACUUUAUUUGGCUUUUAAGACACAUGCAGGUCAUAGCAGGCAACCUUUCUAGAAGAGGCAUUCUCUCCUGUGUGAAAAGAAUGCCUCUUCUAGCACCCUGUAGAACAGGGGUAUGCAAUCUUGGCUCUCCAGCUGUUGCUGAACUAACUCCUCACAUCAUUCCCAACCACAAGACUGGGGAUGAUGAGAGUUGUAGUUCAGCAGCAGCUGGAGAGCCAAGGUUGCCACUCUGUUCUUUGUAACCCUGUUACCUUUGUAACUCUGUUCUUUGUAACCCUGCCACUCUGUGACCCUGAUUAACGAGAUGGAGAGAAUAUCCAAGGGCAGCUUACACUUGCUGGCAGGGAGUCAGCAGCUCAGUCCCUUUUGCACUUUGCGGGCUGAUGGAGCCCUAGGGCUGCAUUAAAAUGUUUGUGCUUUGCGGCCUUCUGGUGUCCAUGUUGCCCAGACAAAAAUCCACCCCUCUCUGUCUGAGGUGCAGUGAGCUCAGUGCUGUGUUCUAGCAGCAACAGCUGGGAAGGGAAGAGUAAUUGGUUUGAAAGGGUUUUUGCUCCAGGGAAGAUCUGGUUGAGUGGCUGCUCUGAGCAGCAGGUUUGUUUGUGCUGAGAGAUGUCCCCUAGGACAGGCACUCGCUAAAGCACAGAUUACUGAACAAUCUGCACGUCCCCCAUCCAUCUACUUGGCAGCGUUUAGCUGAAGCAGUUGCAGACAAAAGCCGUUAACUCCAUGCAGAGCUGGUAAAUUAGCCUGCUGGCAGCCCAGAGUGCUUGAGCAAAUUGAGAUCUCCUAUGCUAGUGACUAAUAGCAACCUGUCGAAGUGGGAAGAAGAGUAUAGGCAUGUUAAGCAGAGUACUUUGGAGUAGACUUAUUGUGCAAUAUGGUGAAUAGCAAUGUUCUUUCUGCCCACCUCCAUCAUAUUAGUAACAAGGAAGAAGCAAUUGUGUGUUUAAGUCUGUCUUGUACACAGGAUGAACACUGUUUCACUCAAAAGACCUGUAUGUGACCAAUUCCCAGUGACUCCUUUUGCCUCUGGGUGUACCAUUGCCUCUUCUGAGUUCCCAUAAAGGCCUCUUUGGUUUGUG